CGGCGGCGCGUCGGAGGGGAGCGGGGGGGUCGCUGCAUGGAGCCGGGACCCCUGCGCACGGAGCCGGCUGCCGCUGCCACCCGCCCGGCCGGGGACGGGGCACCCAGGGCCGGUCCUGGGUCCAAAUGUCAGCCCGAGGAGGACAACAGAUCUGCUAAGAUGGCGUCACCAAUUGGGGACGUUCCUGGAAAGGCCCAAGAGGGAGGCCUGACCUCCGUGUCAUUGACCGGCCCCAAGACGGAGGAGGAGGAAGUCGCCAAGAUGGCGUGUCUCAGAGGGGAUGUUGUUGUGGAGGCCACCCGGGGGCAUGCAGUAUCGAUGUUGACUCCCAAUAUUGACAUUCCUGGGAAGGGCCAAUGGGGACGUUCAGCCUCUGUCUCACCGACUGUCCCUAAGGUCGAAGAGGAGGAGGAGACUGUCAAGAUGGGGCCUUUCAAUGGGGAAGUUGCCAUGAAGGCACAAGGGGGACGUUCACCAUGGAUGACGAUGGCCAAGAUGAUACCUCCAAACUUGGACGUUUCUGGUGUGGGCCAGCCGGGACGUGUGGCCUCAGAUUCAUUGCCUGUCCCUAAGACUGAGGAGGAGGCCGAAGACACCAGGAUGCUGCCACCCAAAGGGUCUGUUUACGCGAUGGCCCAAGGGGGACAUUUAACAUGGAUGACCAUGGCCAAGAUGGUGCCUUGCUCCCAGGAUGUUGACAUGAAGACCCAAGCGGAACACUUGACUUUGAUGCCAUUAGCCAUCCCUAUGGCUGAGGAGGAGGAUGAAGACCCCAAAAUGGUGCCACCCAAUGGGGACGUUGACAUGACGACCCAAGAGGGACAUGCAACAUGGAUGACCGUGGCCAAGAUGGAGCCUCUCAACGGGGACGUUGAUGUGAAAGCCCAAGGGGAACCCUUGACCCGGAUGCCUUUCCCUAUCUCCAAGGCCGAGGAGGAUGACGCCACUAAGCCGGUAACUCCUCCUGCUCCUCCUUGCCGGGAGCGCCCGUACCGCUGCGGCGAAUGCGGCAAAGCCUUCUCCCGCAGCUCGUCCUGCGUCAAGCACCAACGCACCCACACGGGCGAGCGCCCCUAUGGGUGCCCGGAUUGUGGCAAGUCCUUUGGCCAGAGCUCCACCCUCAACCGGCACCGCCAGGCCCACCUGCCCGACAGGCCUCACCGCUGCACUGACUGUGGCAGGGCCUACGUGACCGCCUCGGCCCUGGCUCAGCACAGCAAGAGUCACCUGGCCAAGAAGCCCCACCAGUGCCCGCAGUGCGGCAAAUGGUUCGGCGAGCGGUCGAACCUGGUGAAGCACCAGCUGACCCACACGGGCGAGCGGCCCCACCGGUGCACCCAGUGUGGCCGCGGCUUCAGCCAGAAGGCCAAUCUCCAGCGUCACCAGGAGACUCACCGUGGCGCUGAGCUGCACCGGUGCACCGACUGCGGGCGGGCCUUUCGCCACGCCCGGCGGCUGGCUCAGCACCGCCGGGCCUGCCAUGCGCCCGGUGAGCCCCACUCCUGUGCCGUCUGCGGCCAAACCUUCGCCGCCCGCUCCCAGCUGGCCCGGCACCGGCGCGGGCACACGGACGAGCGCCCCUACCGCUGCGGCGUCUGCGGCAAGGCAUACAGCAUCAGCUCCCACCUGCUGGUGCACCUGCGGGGGCACACGGAGGAGCGGCCGUACCGCUGCGCCGAGUGUGGGGCCGGCUUCGCCGAGGCCGCCAAGCUGGCCCAGCACCGGCGCAGCCACAGCGAGGAGAGGCCCCACCAGUGCGCGCAGUGCGGGCGGUGCUUCGGCCUGCGCUCCAACCUGACCCGGCACCAGCGGGCCCAUUCCGGCGAGAAGCCGCACCGCUGCGGCCAGUGCGGCAGGGCCUUCAGCCGCCGCUCCAACCUGGCCCAGCACCAGCGGACUCACCGCGGCGAGAAGCCGUACCGGUGCGGCCAGUGCGGCAAGGCCUUUGCCGUCAGCACCCACCUCCUCAUCCACCAGCGCUCCCACACCGGAGAGAGGCCCUUCCCCUGCCCCCACUGCGGCAAAGGCUUCACCGCCAGCUCCAACCUCCGGCAGCACCUGCGGAUCCACACCGGGGAGCGCCCGUACCCCUGCGCCCAGUGCGGGAAGAGCUUCCGGGCUCGGACCCACCUCCAGACCCACCAGAAACUCCACGCAUGA